AUGUCGCUAGUGAGAUACAACACCAGUGACUCUUUGGAGCCUACAAAGGAUGAGAGAAGCUUAUCAAUUGUUUAUAAGAAUAAUGUGUCAAAUGAAGUGGUCUUAUAUGACCCUGUUGCAAAUAGUUUCCAGGUUGUACAAUUGAGGAAAAGUCCAGCCGACAGCGGUUCCAGAAGUGAGAACCUUAGAAGGAAUUCGGUUCACUCCAUAGGGUACAAUCAGGGUAUGGAAGACACGAGGAUCAACUCAAAGAUAAGGCGCUCAAGGCAAGCUAGGCGGAGAAGAAGAAGUGAUAAUAGAAACCCGAGGAACAACGUCAAAAACUCAAUUAUAGUGGAUUCUAUCUCAGACAACGAUACAUAUGAGUCUUCUAAUGAUGAUGAUGGUGAUGAUGGUAUGUGUGAUACUUUCUUGUGCUCGGUCUGUGGCGCUUACAACCGGGUCUACAAAAAGAAAAAUGCAAGCAGUACUCACUUCUCCGAUGUCCAAUUGAAAUCUUUGACGAACGAAACAUUAAGUCCGAUGAAUUUUACAACAACAAGCUCCGGGAAUUUCAUAAGAGGCGAUUACUUCAAGCUUUUGACCAAUACCAUGAAUAGAAGUGUCCCCACAGAAGGACUGAUUACUGAUGGCACGUAUAACAAUACAGACCCAGAUGAGGUAGACGAAUACAAUUUCCAAACCAUUCCUGCAAACUUGAUUAAUCAAGGAUAUUUUGACAAGUUUUUUAAAAUCCUGUCCAAGCUAGGAACUGGAUCUUUUGGAUCUGUGUAUAAAGUAGAACAUGAUUUACUAGGAUUGAACCUAGGUGUCUUUGCAUUGAAAAAAAUUCCAAUAGGUGAUGACAUUAACAAUUUGAAAAAAAUUCUAUCCGAAGUGAAAUUCUUAUAUGAUUUGAGUUGCAAUUUUUCGGAUAACAGUAGUAAUAACAAUGUGGUCAAAUAUAACCAUGUCUGGGUUGAGAUCGACCAAGUUUCGAGGUUUAGUCCGAAAAUUCCCGUUGUUUUUCUACUUUUUGAAUAUUGUGAUGGAGGUACUUUGGAGGAAUGGGUUGAUGCUAUCAUUAGUCCCAAGUUCAGCCUUUUGGAAGAGAAAUUGUGGAGAAAAUUAAGAUCUAAAGAGAAAAAUAAAGCGAAUAAGGCAAGAUAUUUGAACAACUAUGAGAUUUUCAAAAUCUUCAGUGAUAUAACUCAAGGUUUGAACUAUUUACAUAGCUUGAGAAUAUUGCAUCGUGACUUAAAACCGUCAAACUGUUUGUUCAAAACAAAAUUUAUGGAUGAUUAUCAAUCAUGUCCUGUAACCGCCUUGAAUGAUUUCGAAAGAAUUCCAACCCUACUAGUGUCUGAUUUCGGCGAGUCUGUCAUGGUUAACUCUAUUGAAGAGAAUUGGCAGAGUAAUAUAGAAACAACAGGAACAACAGGAACUUUGGAGUUCUGUGCCCCUGAGAUCAUUUUACAGAGGAAAAAGGUAUACCCGAAGUUUUCCAAGUUUGGUGGUUUUAGUUAUGCAAGUGAUAUUUAUUCUCUUGGUAUGAUUCUAUACUAUCUUUGUUUUGGAAAAUUGCCAUUUUCAACCAACAAGUAUGAUCCCGAUGAAAUCAGUGAUGAAAUAUUAAGCUCGGGUCUAUUUGAAGAUCUAUGCGAGAUACGUCCCCUGGUAUCUCACAUUGACCAUAGCGAGAAUUCAGGUACAGGAGCCGAUGGUGGAUUAUUGCAAGAUUGGGCUCAGCUAAUUGAAGUGAUGGUUUCCAAAAAUCCAGAUGACAGGCCAUCGACAUCGGAAGUUCUAAAUAAACUCGUAUCAAUUUACGAUAAGCUAAACUUCAAAGAAACGUAUGCGACUUGUACUAAUGCGAUUGAGGACGAAGAGAGUGAAGACCAUGAAUAUUUCUACGAAUCUGAUUACACGACAGACGAUGAUUUGGAAAGUGAGGUUGGCAGUCACUCGGUAGAUGAAAAUGUUACACUCAACUCCGGUGCGUUUUUUCAUAAUGUGUUUUUACAUCUUUCUACCUGGAUGGUAGUGAUGUUCAUCAUUGACACGAUAAUUCUCAACCACCUUUCUGAAAUAUACCCCACGAAAAAGUUGCUGGUGGCAAUGAACUUGCAGUUUUUGAUUCUAGGAUUGUAUUUUGGAAAAGCUGGGAUUUCAUGGCUCCCAGCGUUACAAAUUUUCAACACAGUGGUUAUCAUUAUUCUUUGUAUAAUCUCUAAACUAUAG